ACACUAUGAAUAAAUAAGAGACAGGAAGACAACUCUGGGCUCUCGUGUGCCGAAGCUCACAUACUCACUCCACACACUGCAGAGGAGCCCACUGCUCCUCACGGAGCGGGCCAGCUCUUUCCCUCACAGCAUAAACACAUCCACAUUUAGAUCCAAAGCACUGCAUGUAACUAGUUGACACCUGUCGUGAGCACCUGGAGUGGGGCACCUUCCGCUUAUAUUCAAAGCAGCAUCAUCAGCUUUCACCCUGAUUCCACAUCUCUCUAGCGUGCUAGGUUGUUCCAUGACAAAAGUGAAGCAAAGAGAAGGGGCGACCUUGCCACUCUGGAGUCUGCAGUCUCACCAGCAAACUGCCUAUGAUGAGCAAAACAGUGUUGAGUAAGCCACCCAUUUGUGUUUUAGUCAUUUGCUAAAAAUAGCACCAACCAUUUAAAACAAUAUCUGGUCCCUAUUCUUAGGAAGUACACGUUGAAGUAUUUAGGCACAAAGGGACUUUACGUUUGUAACUUACCUUCAAAUAACUCAGAAAAAAAAAAUGUAUACACACACAGAGACAGAGAGAGGGAGGGAGUCGAUAAAGCAAAAUAGGUAGAAGAUUAACAAAUAGGAAAAUGUGGAUACAGGGCAAAUGGAUGUUUUUGUACUAAUUUUAUUUUUGCAACUUUUUAAUGUCUGAAAUUAUUUCCAAAGAAAAUGUAAAAAAUACACCUCAAACCAAAGAACAGAAACUAAAGCAAAACAACAAAAAUACCUGGCUCAGAGUUCAGGCAGAUGAUGGAGAAGGAAAGCAAGGAUGUCAUUCAGAGAAGACAGAGGUUCCCAGAGCUGGGGGGUGACAGCAAUGACACAGAAGAGUGACAGAGAAGAGCAAAGCGGGGCACACAGAUUGGGCCACUACCAAGUCUCUACUAUAUUCUUCCUUCUCUCUGGGUAUUCUCCAUCAAGGCAGGCCACUGAAGAAGGACAAGUCAAAACAAAAAUCUUUAAAAAACUUAAUCUUGCUUGCAACAGACUCCACCCAUCUUUGAAAGGGACAACCCAGCCAGUGAGUAGAAUCAUGUGACCUUCUUGUGAUGUCAACUGUGCUCAGAAUGUUUAUCGUCUGGACAACCCAACCAGCCUCUUGGCAGCAGGCGUGUGAUAUCCAUACUCUAUGGUCGGCAGACGAUGGAGAACUUCUCACUCCUCAGCAUCUCUGGACCUGGAAUCUCUUCCUGUGCCCUGAGCACUUUUCCUGAUACUAUGUCCUCACAUGCCACCAGCUUGCCAGACAUUGCUAAGGCUGCGUUACCCACGGAGGGGUCCAGCCCAGCACAGGCCCUGCCACCUCAGUACCAAAGCAGCGCUCUCCGGCACGGCGUGGUUAACACAGUGCUCUUACCAGACUGCAUCUUGGGGGACCCCCAGAAUGAGGAGCAGCUGAGACGGAACUGCAUUAUCUACCGGCCCUGGUUCUCCCCUUACAGCUACUUCGUAUGCAGGGACAAAGAGAGCCACCUGGAGGCCCACAGCUUCCCAGAGGUGCAGCGGGACGAGGGCAGCGGGGACAACUGCCUUCCCGAAGACAUGGCGGAAAGCAUCUGCUCAUCCUCUUCCUCUGCAGAGAACCCCUGCCCCCGAGAGGCCACCAAGAAAUCCAGGCACGGCCUGGACUCCAUGGACUCCAUCACGUCCCGGGACAUCCUAAUGGCCUCCAAGUGGCACCCAGCUCAGCAGAAUGGCUUCAAGUGCGCGGCCUGCUGCCGCAUGUACCCCACCCUGCACUCCCUCAAGAGCCACAUCAAAGGGGGCUUCAAGGAGGGCUUCAGCUGCAAGGUGUACUACCGUAAGCUCAAAACCCUCUGGAGCAAGGAGCAGAAGGCCCGGCCGGGAGACAGGCUCUCCUCCGGUAGCUGCCAGGCCUUCAAGCAGCCCUGAAGGAUGGUGGCAGCUGCCUUGUUAAAGUGGACCCCUCAGGUUAACAGGGGCUGAAGCCUAUUCAUGUCUCUAGAGAGAUGUCAAUAAACCGAAGUUAGUCACAGCCCUCUGUCAAGUCUGAGGUCACCCUGCACCACCUGCUAUCCCUCCCAGUCCUGAGUCCCCGUCCCCUUCCCCUUGGGCUAACAGUUGCUUAGCAACCCCAGGCCUACCCCCUCUUUUUUAUAAAGACAAUACCCAAACUUUGGUAAUAUCCUCCAAGACAGUGGUUCUCAAGGUGAGGUGUGCAGACCAGCAGUAUCAGUGUCCCUGGGGAACUUCUUAGGAAUGAAAUCCUCUGGCCUACUGAACCAGGACUCUGGGGGUGAGCCCCGCAAUCUGUGUUCUAACCAGCCCUGCAGGUGAUGCUGACGCAGCUCAAGUCUGAGAGCUACAGCCCUAAGAUCCUGGCCUUCUUGCUGGUCCCCUGGGACCAGUCCUUGCCCCGGCUCCCCCCACAAACACUACGGGAGAGCUCACUGAGGGCAGAGGGUUGAAUGUCCUUUCCUAUCAGCAUGGGGAAGGUUCUAUUUGCAGAGCCUCUGCAGUUUGACAGCUCCUUAGAUGUCAGAGCUUCUGAGGGGUGGAAGCGGGGGACGACAUACCCUAGCACAAGGCAGAGAAGAGGCAAAGAGGGUGGGGACCCAUUCCUGCCACCUAUACCACAGUCCCUCACUUGGAAGGGGCACCUCUGGCUGAAGCAGAACAGAAUCAUUUUUGACCCAGGGGCAUCUUUAUACAGCUGUGUUGAGUCAUGUCAAAACGGGCAGGGAAACAUGUGAAAACAGCACUUUCCGUCACCAAGUAACGUCCCAGCCCUGAUUCUCAUUCCAUUUCUGAGCAAACUUCACUGCCAGCUCUGACCCAGAAAAACAGGUGAGUAUCAGGGAUGCAGCAAGGACCUCUGCUUUGCCCAUUAUGUGGUUAAAAAAAAAAA